AUGAGAUCCGGUUUCAAUCCCCCGGUGGGGAGCUCUGAGGUCCCGUUACAAUUCCCUAGAGCUCAGUGCGUGUGCGGGAGGGAUAGAGCCAGGGAGAGACCGAGGGAGGGGGAGCAGUCUCCGGGCUCCGGUUACCGCCCCGCACGGCCCCCGCCCCGCGCCGCCGAGUGCACGGCGGGCCCGGGGAGCGCCGCGGCCCCUUUAAGAGCCGGGCCCAGGCCGGCCCGGGGGCCGCGGGAGCCCAGAGCGCAGCGCGCGGCGGAGGAGUUGGGAUCCGGCGCAAAAGUUUCCUCCCAACUCUGGCCCCGCGCGCCGCCGCCGCCGCCGCCCACUCCAGCCCGGGGCUUGGGGCCGGCCCCGCCGCCGCCAGGGCCAGGGCCAGGGCCAGGCCGGCAGUUUCGUUUUGGCGGGCGGGGAGCAGCCGCCUGGGCCGGGCCCGAGCCGGAGCCGGAGCCGGAGCCGGAGCGGGAGCGGGAGCGGGAGGAGCAGCCCGGCCCCCCCGGCUUCCCCGGCCCCCCGCCACCUGGGCUACCUCCCUCUCGGCUGCCGCCUGCUCUCAGAUCGAUUCCCGCCCGCCGGCUGCCGCCUGCCCUGGGCGGAGGGGCGCUGCUGCGAGCCCCUGAUCCGGAAGGGGGGCCGGGGAGAGGCGCCCCGGGGUCUCCGCCGGCGACCGGCGUCCCCUGA